AUGAGUCAAACGUCUCUGAAACAAAAAAAGAAGAAUGAUACUGGAUCAAGAUACUCAAAGGACAGUGUAGAUUCAGAAAAAAAAAAGGAUUCUGAGAAAUCAGGAGUCCGUCUGAACACUCAGAUGAGGCGUGCAGGCAGUCCGAAUCACUUGCUGAGAUGUUGCCUCAUGAGAGGGCACACGCCGUGUAGACGCUGCCUUUGUGCAGCUGAGGGAACAGUGCCUCUUGGUCCCUGCCGCACAUUACGUAUUUAUAUUCACAUGUGCCUGUUGUGGGAGCAGGGCCUGCAGAUCACCAUGAUCAGGGUGAGCAGAGAUCAAACUACUGAUUUCGGAGGGGAGUCACAGGCAAUCUGGGGGUCACAAGAAUUAGUGCCGAAGACAGACUCUCGAGGGUACCUAGUGCGAAAUCAGUGGUCCCGAACUUCUCGGAGCCCAUCCGUGAGAGCUCCUUCAACAGACGAAGGCAGAAGCAAGACCACCACUAACAAGCUCCCCAGCAGCUCCGCAACCUCCAGAACUUCAUCUACCUCCCCAAGCCAACACGAGUCUCAAAAGCUGCUCGAACAGAUUUCCCCACGCACUCCUCCGUCACAGCACACGCCACCCGCUCCUGUGGACUCCUGUCCUCCCACGCCCCCGGAGCCCCAGUUCCAGCCGACAUCUCGACGCGGCACCAAGAUGAAUGAGAAUACUGACACCUGGACUCACGGCAUCAUGAGGGACAACAGGGACAAGAGGGACUACCCACGCACGCCCCCCAGCGAGUGGAAGUCCUACAACCCUCACAGGUCGCUCUACCCCUCCUCCCAGGUGGACAGCGACUGUAUGUCCUCAGACCCCGCCCCCCGGAAGAAGCAACAGGAUGUCGAGGAAGAUGAGGACGAGGCCUAUUGGUCAUCAGUGAGGACACUGUAUGAGAAGACCCCCAGCUGCUCGCGCCCCCCGCCGCCCAAACCCAGGCAUGCCCUCACCAUUGCGGUGUCGUCCCGGGCACUCUUUAACAUGAUGGAUGGCACGAAAAUCUUUGAGGAAGAGGGUCUGGAAAAGUACAUGGAGUAUCAGCUUACCAACGAGAACGUCAUCCUGACUCCAGGGCCCGCGUUCCGCUUCGUCAAGGCACUGCAGCAUGUCAAUGCUAGACUCCGUGAGCUGUACCCCAAUGACCAGGACUUAUUUGAUAUUGUGCUGAUGACUAAUAACCAUGCCCAGGUGGGAGUGAGGCUUAUAAACAGCGUCAAUCACUACGGCCUACUUAUUGACCGCUACUGUCUAACUGGUGGAAAGAGCCCAAUUGGCUAUUUGAAGACCUAUCUUACCAACUUGUAUCUUUCUUCAGAUUGUGAAAAAAUACAAGAAGCAAUUCAUGAAGGGAUCGCUGCUGCCACAAUGUUUGAAGGGGCCAAAGAGAUUGCUUACUGUGACUCACAGCUCCGUGUGGCUUUUGAUGGUGACGCUAUCCUUUUCACUGAGGAAACUGAUCAUAAUGCCAAGGACCAUGGGGUGGACAAAUUCUUUCAGCACGAAAAUGCAUGUGAGACUAAAACUCUUGCGCAGGUUCCCUUAAAGUCCUUUCUGGAAGAAUUAGGCAGACUGCAAAAGAAGUUUUAUGCCAAAGAUGAACGGUUACUUUGCCCCAUCAGAACCUACCUGGUUACAGCCAGGAGCGCAGCUAGUUCAGGUGCCCGGGUGCUGAAAACCCUUCGCCGCUGGGGUUUAGAGAUAGAUGAAGCUCUUUUCCUUGCUGGAGCUCCCAAAGGUCCCAUCUUGAUGAAGAUCCGGCCACACAUCUUCUUUGAUGACCACAUGUUCCACAUUGAAGGGCACAAAAAAUGA